AUGAGUAACGAAAGGCCUCAGGAUCCAUCAAGUGCUUUGGAACAGGCGAUUCAAGAUGUAUCGAACUUAAAGUCCGAGUUUAAGUUCCUUUUAGAAGAAAUAAGAACAGCAGACCUUGAGUUCUACGAAUAUAAGAAGAAAUACCUGUCUAAGGAUGCUCAAAUUCAUAAAUUUAUCAAGCAGCAUGGCUCGCUAGUGGAAAACCCAAAGGAGAGGGAGCUAGUCAAGAGAAUUAAGGAGGAUAUGGAGAAUGGACUGCGGUUGCAGAAGGAAAAGUGCAUUGUUGCAUACACGCUAUUAUAUACAGUGACGAAACACCUCAAUAAGGUGAAAUCUAACAUUGACGCAUUGGAAGAGGAUGGGAUGCUCGCUCCGCUAGAAGAGGAAAACGCUGAGUUUGGCAAUGACCUGUCUAGGGAGAGCUCUCUCCUGUCUUCAGGGACUUCAUUUGGAAAGAGGAAGAGGACUAUGACUGCUGGACCAUCUUCAGCCUCCUCGUCUUUGAAAAAGAGGGUGAGGUACGAGCGCGGGCGGUCUGUACAGCGAGAUAUGAUGGGAGGAGAUCUCUUGGCAGACGAUUCUACCGGGAAUGGGGCCAAUUUUGGCGACGAAUUGCAGCACUUUAAUGACGAGCUAUUUUCCAUGAACCAACAAGAGGAAGACGACAAGCAGCUAUAUUGUUUCUGCCAAAGUGUGUCUUAUGGCGAGAUGGUAGCAUGCGAUGGGGCCAAUUGUAAAUAUGAAUGGUUUCAUUAUGGCUGUGUCAAUUUGCAAGAACCACCCAAGGGACAGUGGUACUGUCCUGAGUGUAGACAGGAAAUGGCGAACCAGAAACUGAAGAAGAAGAAGCGGGUAUAA